GAAAAUAAAAAUCCACAUUUAUCUUUAGAAAGUAAUCAAAUAAAUUCCAAGAACUUAGAUAUUCUAGAAAGAACUUCUAAGUGGGUUAACGAAAUAAAUUCCAAUAGUUCGUGUAGCAUCGUUUCAGAUAGCUAUGACAGCAAUUCAACUAUUUCAAUUCCAUUUAUAUUUGAGAAUGAAGAAGAAUUUUUAUCUCCUAAAAAAAUUAAAAUUUUGUCAGAUGUUCUUGUUUCUGCGAAUCCUUCACAGGUUACUUCAAACAUUAAGUAUAAUUUACCCUCGAAAUCAACAGAUGUUUAUGAAUUUCACUCCGACAAUGUUGAACAGGAACAUAACAUUGAACAUGAAAAACUUUUUAUCAUCAGUCAGUGUUCCAGGAAUAGCGAAUUGUGCCAUGAAUCAAAAGAAAACAACAGUUUAAAAACAAAUAAUCCGAUUUUUUUAAGUAAAUUAAAUUCAAAUCUGAAAAUCAAAGGUGAGGACGGUUCCACAAUUACUUCGAAAACGUCUUAUAUUGAAAGGAAUAAUUUACCAUCAACGUCAAAAGAUAUUUAUGAAUUUCAUUCAGAUAGUAGCAGCAUUGAAGAUGAUAACGUAAAGGAUAAAGACUUUGAAAUCUCUCAAUAUCCGGAUGAUAGCGAAUCGUCAACAGAAAUUUCAGAAAAUUCCAGUUUAAAACAAAUUAACCUUACUAAUACCAAAGAGCUUGAAAAGACUACUGAAAGAAUAUUUUCGCCAUUGUUGUGUCAAGAAAAUAAGAUUAAUAUAAAAUCAAAUAAACUCAUCCACUGCAAGUUUUGCUUGAUGGAUAUAGCAACAAAAAAUUUCAUGAGGCAUUUGCAACGACAUCACAUAAAUAUCAAGGAAAUAGAAGACAUAUUUCAACACCCAAAAAAUAGCACAGAGAGAAAAAAUGCAAUGGCUUUACUUAGAAAUGAAACGAAUUUUAAAUUGUAUUUACAGGGAAAUGUAAAACCCAAUCGAAGAAAUUUUGACAAUAUAUACGACAACACUCAAUAUUACCCUUGUGCAUAUUGUAAAGGGCUUUUCUUAAAAAAUUUUUUAAAACGCCAUGUUAAAGUAUGCAUUGCUUUUAAUAGAAACAAAAAUGAAAGAAAGCAGUUGAAAUUAAAUCAUAUUUCUCGUUCCCAUACUGUUACCGCUUGUGCAGCGGAUCCGACUAAUGUAAUUUCUCAAUUAAAUGUCAAGGAACAGGUUUUCGAUUUAAUGAAGGGUGAUGACAUCGCAUUUCAGGCCAAAAAAGACUUACUUAUAGCACAUUUUGGCAAUUCAUAUCUUAAGAAACACAAAAGAGAACGUAUGGCAUAUGCGUGUAGUACACGAAUGCGGGAACUCUCUCGAUUAUUAAUAAGUUUUCGAAAAUUAAUCGAUAAUGAAAACAUAGGUCUGAAAGAUUUACUCCAACCCAAACAUUUUGAACCAGUAUUAUCCGCUACUAGGGAUAUCGUUGGAUAUGAUCCAUUUAAAAAAACCUUUAAAUCGCCAAAUUUUGCAAUGCAUUUAGGAACUUCUUUAAAAUUUGUAUGUGACGAAUUAAUGCACCUUAUAAUGAAAGAAGAUAAUGGUUUCCGGUGUAAGUCAGAUGACGAACGUAUUUCGUGGUUAAAAAAUAUAAAAUGUUUUAAAAAAUUAGUACAAAGUAGAUGGAAUAUAGAACUAGGGUCUCUUGCAAACAAGGAUUUGCAAGAGAAAAAAUGGGAAAAACCUUUACUGUUACCAUUAAUUAGUGACAUUAAAAAAUUUAGAGACGGAAUUUUAAACAUGGUAAAUAAUUGCAAACAAGUAUUUGUAAAUAAUGAAGAUAAUCAAAAUACAUACAAAGAUUUGGUACAGUGCAUAUUAUCUUUGUUAAUAAUUUUCAAUAGAAGAAGGAUUGGUGAUGUACAAUUCUUAAAAAUUAAAGAUUACGAAAUUGACAGAAAAAGUCAUUGUGCCGAUUUUGAAAAAAUUUUAACAGAAAGCGAGAAAAUUUUAACCAAAAGUUACAAAAGAGUUGUUAACAGAGGAAAGGGGAGUAGACCCGUUGUGAUUUUAGUACCCGAAGAAGUACAAGGUUUUAUUAAAAUAUUAUUAGAAAACAGAAAUAAGUAUAUUCAUUCUGACAAUGAUUAUAUUUUCGCAACUCCUGGUAGCACUAUUAAGUGGGGAAAAGGGGAUGUUGCUAUAAGAAAUCUCUCUAAAAAAUUUAAUUUGGAAAAUCCACUAGCAAUUUCAAGUAGUAAACUAAGGAUACAUAUUGCGACUGUCAUGCAAAUAUUAAGCUUAACGAAACAGGAAGUUAAACAAUUCUCUGAUUUUAUGGGUCAUACACUAAAGACCCAUGAAGAAUUCUAUGAGCUUCCAGUGGAUAUUUAUCAAACGGCGAAAAUUUCCAAAAUACUAUUAAUGAUGGAUAAAGGUUGUGUACCUGCAGAAUAUAAAGGGAAAUCACUAUCACAAAUCGAUUUGAACCCCAAUUUAGAAUAUGCACAUGAAAAUAAUGAUGCAGAGAUGGAUGAUGAUUUAACAAUUUUAAAUGAAAUAUUAACAAGUAGUGUAACACCUGAAGAUUCACAAAACAAUUUAGAAUGGCAAGGAACUACUUCAAUUAUUGGCAAUGCAAACAUUAACAAGCCGGUUGCAUCUUCUAGUACAUCUAAACAUUCAGAGGUUAUGAGUAGGAAACAAACAGAUACUCCUUUAGAAAUUCCAGAUGUUAGGAAAAAACCAACCACUACCCGAAAAAGAAAUUGGACUGAAUGGGAAAUCGCUUCACUAGACAAUUAUUUUAAGAAUUAUAUUAGUACAGGAACUUAUCCCUCGACACGCGAAAUAAAAAAAUUUAUUUUGGAUACUAAAAUUAAUCGAAAUGCGCCCGUAAUUACUUCAAAAAUUCAGCAUUUAAUAAAACUUAAAUUUAGAGGAGUACACAAAUAAUAGAUGAGAAUUCAGAUGUUGCCGGUCUUUGCAG